AUAUAUAUAUAUAUAUAUAUAAAUAAAAUACAUAUUCCAGGCUCCUUCACUGGAAAGUCUUUUUUCCAGAUCCUAGCCACAAAGGUUUUGUUUUUUUAAAUUGUGGAAGGGGGCGUUCCGCCCAGAUUGUUGGCUUUCCGUAUUUCUAAAAAGCCUGCAUUUUAUUUUCUGCUGGAGAAGAAACUCUUCACUGGAGCGAUUUUUAAAAAAUAAUCCCCCACCCCCCACCCACUCCAUCCCCCGGAAACUGAUGAAGGCUGCAAUUACGGAGGAAUGAGAAAAGAGGAAGGACCUUGAUUGAUUUCUUGAAAAAAAGGCAAGGCUGUCCUCGGCUUGGUCUUGCUUCUACAUUCAGGGAUCGCGGGGGAGGGGAAGUACAACGCCUCGAGAAAGCACGAAGGGACGCGCACCCACCCACCAUCCCCCUCCGAGCAAGAAGCCACCAUGGAGAACAGGGCAGAGGCGGGGGAGGCCGGCAUCGCCCUGCAGCAACAGCCGGUCGAUAUCCGAGCCUCAAAGGCCCGCCCCCCAGGACUGACAGAGCGCUCCCCGAGGGAAGGGGCUAGCCCCUCACCCGCCGUGGUGCCUCCCGUUCAGGAGACCGACAGAUGCCCAAGUGGCCAGCCUCCCGCUGCUUUCGCGCCGGUAGCUGCUGCUCUGCCCCCGUCCAUGGCUUCCAGAGGGGCCAUCUUGCCGGCCCGGGAUGGCGAGCCGGGUGCCGAGACUGCCACGAUGCCCGUCGCUGACGCAAAGUCUUCCCUUCCGGGUGACCAGGAUGGCCCCCCGCCGGCUGCAGUGCUUCCCGCUGAGGAGACCCUGCCUCCCAAGAGUGACCGCCCCCCGCCCAUAGGCGCCUCUACGCCCCCUCCUGCAGAAGACGCGCGCCUCCAGGAAAGCACCCGACCGUCGCCCAAGGCUGAGCAGCCUCCCCCUGCCCAGGGGUCCUCCAGUCCCCGGACGAAGCAAGAUUCCCAGAAGGCUCAGGCCAGACACAAACUGGCCCGAGAGCGGCGAGAGGAGCGAGCCAAGCACCUGGCCGCCAAGCGGGCUCUGUGGCUGGAGAAGGAGGAGAAGGCACGGGUGCUGCGGGAGAAGCAGCUGGAGGAGCGGCGGCGGCGACUGGAAGAGCAGCGGCUUCGUGCUGAGAAGCGCCGGGCUGCCCUGGAGGAGCGCCAGCGCCAGAAGCUGGAGAGGAACAAGGAACGCUAUGAAGCCGCCAUCCAGCGCUCGGCAAAGAAAACCUGGGCCGAAAUCCGGCAGCAACGGUGGUCGUGGGCCGGUGCUCUGCACCAGGGCUCCCCCGCUCACAAGGACGGUGCGAGCAGGUGCUCCCUCUCUGCCGUAAAUCUCCCCAAACAUGUGGACUCUAUAAUCAACAAGCGCCUCUCCAAAUCUUCUGCCACCCUCUGGAACUCGCCCAGUAGAAAUCGCAGCCUACAGCUCAGCCCUUGGGAGAGCAGCAUCGUGGACCGGCUCAUGACGCCAACACUGUCCUUUUUGGCACGCAGCCGGAGUGCUGUGACGCUUGUCGGCAAUGGCAAGGAACAGGCAGUUCCUGUGUGCCCCCGCUCAGCCUCUGCCAGCCCCCUCAGCCCCUGCAACAGCCAGCGUCCGCAUCACCGGUGCUCAGAGCGACGGCGGCCAACAACCAGCAGCCCCGACGUGAUGCCCCGGCGCAAGGCUGAGGCCUCCCCUAAAAAGAAAGAGAAGAAGGAAAAGGACUGGGAAAACGCUCAGGAGAAGAGCGCCCUCGCCCUGCGCAAGCGCCAGUCCAUGCCUCCGGGGCAGCCUCGCAAGCUGCGCACACCUGAGAGCAGCCCAAGCCCCAAGCCGAGGCCCGCCUCUCCUGCAGUCGUCAAGCAGCGCCCAGCCUCGCCGGGCACGGGCCCGGGCUCUCCCCAUCGGCCAGGCCUGGCACGCAGCGCCCAGUCCUCACCCAAGGUGCGGCCCCGCCGGGAGCACGAAGGCCAGCCCAAGGUCCGGGAGCGCAAGGACGAGCCGAAGGAGCGGGGAAGAGCCUCCCCAGCCCCGAGCGAGCUGCACAAGGCCUCGGGGGGCAGCGACCCAGUGCCAGAUGCCGCCACCACCACCUCAGCUGCUGCAAGCUCCAUGGCGGCCGCGCCUCCCACAACACCCAGCAAGCCCAUGGCGGGCACCACUGAUCGAGAGGAAGCUGCCCGGCUGCUGGCCGAGAAACGGCGUCAGGCGCGUGAGCAGCGGGAACGAGAGGAGCAAGAGCGGCACCUGGCAGAGGAGCAGGCCCAGCGAGAAGCCAAAGAGCGGCUGCAGCAGCAGGCCGAGCAGGCCAGGCUGGAGGAGGAGCGGCAGCGGCGGCAGGAGGAGCUCGCCCUGCAGGAGGAGCGCGAGGCCCAGGAGCGGGCCCGGGCAGAGCAGGAGCAGCAGGAGCGGCUGCAGAAGCAGAGGGAAGAAGCGGAGGCCCGUGCUCGGGAGGAGGCUGAGCGCCAGCGGGUGGAACGGGAAAAGCAUUUCCAGCGAGAAGAACAAGAGCGUCUGGAGCGGAAGAAGCGACUGGAGGAGAUCAUGAAGAGGACGCGGAAAGCAGACGGAGCUGAUGCACGGAAGAAAGACGACAAGAAACUUGUGAAUGGGAAGGAAGGGAAACAGGAGGCCGAGAUGGAGGCAGGUGGUGAAAAGCGCCCUGGAAGCCUUCCCAAGGAGGAGGAGCUGCCUGAAAUGCAAGCCUCAAGCCCGGCCGGUCGCAAGGGGCCAGUCCCUGAGGGGGUCCAGCACAGCUCCCCAGCAGCCCCGGCCCUGUCCCUGGUGAACGGUCUGCAGCCCGGCAAGCAUGAGAACGGCUUUUCCUCCUGCAAGGAGCCCGGUGGCCGGGAACACACCGCGAGCCCUGGGCUGACCAUGGCGGGUGAGCCGAUCCUGCCUUUCUCCAACAAGGAGCCCUUCCUCACCAAGGCUGUGCCCAAGCCCCCACAGAUCACAGAGGUUUUGUAAGCAGUGGUGCCACCUUCCUUACCCUGAAGGAGGCGAUGAAUGACGUGCCAACGCCAGGCGAGCGCUCACUUGCAGAUGAGGGCUCCCAACCUGAAAGGACCGAGGACACCCAGAGAGCCAGGCUGGGGUUGGCCAGCCCCACGGACUUGUCUCUUUCUCUUACUGUUCUCAAGUUACAUUUAUUAUUUUUUUUAAUAUGCACCUUAUCAGACUGACCCCAACCCAUAGCUCAUCCCACAGGACUAUAUAAUCACAUAGUUAUUUAACUGGCUGGGUACAAAGGAUGUGAAUAAUGUACAUAAACGUCAGUGUUAGCACAGGGCUGCGCAGGCAGUCUCCUUCAUGGAAUUGCCGCCCCCCAGCCUGUGCUGAGGGGGACUCCCUGGGGGGUUUUAUUUUCCGACAUGGCCACAGCCAUGGCAGGGGAGGGGGACCCCUGCCCCCGGUUGGGGCCUGAGUGUGAGUGUGUGUCUGUCGCAGCUGAUGGGCAGCGUAUAGGUCUCUACUUUAAGCUCACCGUGGGUUUCAGCCAGGAUACCUGCAGAACUCUGUGUGUGUGCGUGCGUGUGUGUGUGUGUGCGCGCGCAUGCAUGUGUGUGCACUCGUUAGCCACUCAACAACCGCUCUUGUCCAACACACUGUGCUUCGUUUGGGUGCUGCUAUUUCUGUGUGUGUGUGUGUGUGAGUGAGUGUGAGAGUGAUGAUUGGGACUGUGUGGCGCUCGGUGUCAUUGUGACAGUAUUAUGCAUCUGAACAACCUUUGUGGACAAUAAAGUGGAGGAAAGACA